AGUGGACCUGCCGGUAAGAGUGAGGUGAUGCUGUAAAAACGGAGCGGGACACCUCUCCUGUCAGCUGGCUCCACCUCCACCCGCACCCCGGGGCGGGUCUUCGAGACCCCCACCCUCCAGCCCCGGCGCUUCGGGUCCCUAACCAGAACUCUGCCACCCACAGAUGUCCGACCGAGUGCUGCUGGUGGCCGCCGAGCUGAACCUCACCACGGCCAUGCUGGAGCUUCCCGCUGCCCCCAGCUUUGCCGAGGUGCGCCGGCGGCCCCUGGAGUUCUUCGCCCAGGCCCGGGAGGACGUGCGGGGCUGUGUGGAUCCUGCUCACCAGCCCUCGGGCAGGCUGCGGCACUGGCUGCACAAGCUGCAGGCGGCCAUGCGAACCGAGAGCCCCGAGAGCACGGCGUGCCUGAGAGACACCACCAUCCUGUACGUCAUGCAGGUGCUGAACAACCUGCGCUGCGCCGCCCUGCAAGACAAGUGCUGAAGCGCCGCCCCGAGAACCGGGAAAAAACCUCCGCGCCGCGAUGUUACUGCCCAUUUCACCUAUUUAACCCUUCUCCUCACUUAGGCGAGCUCAGGACACAGUAUUUUUAUUUUCUUCCCCUCCCCGCCCCUUUAAAUUAUUGUAAUGCCCUUCCUGAAAGAACGUGAACAUGCGUGCCUUUAUUUUUCUACUUCUCGAAAUGUUUUUAAGGAAAUCUAUUUUUUUACCUGCUAUUUAUUAAAGACUAUAUUCUGCAUACUUGCCCGCGUAAAUUAUUUCCUUAUGUGCUAUUUAAUGUGAAAACUAAAGUAGUUAACUGAACUACCAUAAGCAGAUAAGCUGCCAUCGCGUGUUUUUACUUUGCUUUUCUGUGCAACACCACAGCACAGGUAUCGCCUGCACCUCCUUGCAAGGACAUUGUCCAAAAGGAACAAUGGGGAGAGGGAGAGGGGAAAAAAGCCUGCAUGAUGGGUUUUUUGGAGAGUUUUGAUAGAUUCUAUCAAACCUCUCGGGUACAACCUAUGUACGGCUACGUCAGGAGCAGCACCCGAGGCAAUGAAAAUCCAGAGGGAAACGCCCUCGGGCCAACACCUCCCAAAGGCGGGGAAAGCCCCGAAGGCGUGUCUGGAAUUCCCUAUGGAAUGCGGGGUACGGCCACAGCGCUGCACAGCCAUUCUCCCAAUAAUCCUUUGCUGUGUGACCUCGGGCUCGCAGGAGGCAGAUGCCAUCAACAGCUCCUCACCCCCUGGCCCUGCUCCCCAUUUCACCCCUCGCUUUCUGCAGAAAUCCCUCCGUGGGACGAGGAUGUUUUUAGGACAUUUCUGUGCAAAGCUGCCGGGCUGCGUUAUCCAAACAAUAAAUGGAUCUGGAGAGAAAAGCCUAAGAAGGGAAAAAGGGCUCUAAGCAGCAGUUCUGUGCUGGUUUAACUAGAUUCCAGUAAGCUCAGUUCCAGUUUCUUUUUGGGGAAGUAUCAUUGGUAUCAUUGCAGUGAAUGUUUAGGAUGCAGUGAGUAUUUCAGUAGCUGUAUGCCAAAUUUCCCUUGUGGCAGGUCUCCAGCUUUGCCUUACCAAACCUUUUAACCUGAUGCUGCUUUAUUGGCUUAAGUUUUGGUUUCCUUAUUUAGUGGAAGCUACCAAAUGGAAGAACUUAAGUUUAUGCACCUGUUUUACAGAUAGGAGGGCUGAUUUAACAGAACUGUGAAAAUUUCUUGGGCAGUCUAGUUACGAUACCCAAGUAUUCACUCUCCAUUAUAAAAUGCAUUACAUCAUUUUUUUGCAUAGAUUCUAUCUGAUGGACUUGUGCUUCUAUAUGAUCGAAAUUUCAUUUGAUUGACUAUUGCAUAUUGAUAUUAUUGGCAUAUUGACUGACUAUUCCAUCUGCUUCACUAGUCUUCCACUCAUCAGGUGCUGCAAUGUACAAGUUGAUUAAUUUAAGCAGGAGCCAAGGCAAAUGUUGCAGCCUGGUUAUAAGCUCUGCUCCGGAAAUCACCCUGAAAAUUGCUGGUUUUUCUCCCUCCUGGGUGUAUUGCUAUUGCUAUUUUUCCAUAGACUCAGCGUAAUUUAUAUUGCAGCUGAAUCACCUCCAGUAAAAAACAGAAUUUAUUGGAAAUGGCUCGCCAGGAAGGUGGUGGGCUUACCAUCCC